CCAUUUAAUCUGUCAAUGCCUCUUGCUUGAUUACCUAACCUCCACACAUCAACCAGAGCCAUCUCAGGUAACCAGUCAUUGUACCGACGACGAACGACCGCCAUCCCGCCGUCCUUCUCCUUGCAUCACCGCCUCCAUAUCUAUACCUUAAAAGUGAACAUGACCGAGCCAGAAUCCUUCAAUCGACCAGGAUCUGCCGCUGCCGCUGCCGCACGUUAUUUCACCUCCUCAAGUCCCCGACCAUCCGUCGCAAGUCGGACGAGUCGCUCCAGUUUACGGCGAGAGCACGACGUACAGACAGACCAGCUUCAACCUCAAAGUCGUCGCCUGUCGUCAGCACAAUCCCAUAGCCCGUCUCCUCAACCACCCCCUAGCGUCGAGGAGCACACGUUACCGGGAAUUGACCAACAACAGCAACAACAACAACAACAAAAGGGAGAGGAAGGGGGAGAAGAAGGUGGUGGGUCCCAACCAUCGUUCACUCCCUUCUUCACCCUUCUAUCUUCCAGCACCCACUCCUCCCAGCGCCAGACCAUCCAUCAUCCGACCGUGCACUACGUCUUUGCUGACGACGACCCCGACAUCCUCACCGCUGCACUAGCGUAUCAUCACCAGGAAAGAAGCGAACAAGAUGCCCCACCAAGUCCGGACAAUGAUGAAAGACUCUACAACAAGGAGCCGAGAGAUCGCGCCGUUAUUCUUGAUGUGGCGCCCUCUUCCAACGGCAAUGGGCUCCAAGUGGCAUGGGCCAGUAGCCUGUCUUCCGACUGGGCAGUGGUCUCGGCACAAGUGAUGCGCAUGGAAGAUCAAGCCAGCAGUGGUAGUGCCAAUGCAGCAGGAGGGGUCUUUGCAGCUUCUUCGCCAAGUCUACAUACUGGUCCUUCAAUGCUCAAAAUUGAAGGAAUAGCCAUCGAUCCAUCAUCGUCGUCGUCAUCAUUGCUAUCGUCAUCGCGUUUGGGCAGCGGCGGGAAAUUGUCGUCCACUCCAGAAGGUGAUUUGCAGUCUUCUCUGACGGGUAAGGGUAAGCAAGCUACGAUGGCAUCCCCUGCACCUGAGGAAUACGCGGCUUUGCUGCAAGACUUUGAGAGGCGUAUCGGAGUGUUAAAGAGGGUCGCCGAGGCAGGUUCAGAGAGGCAACGGCGUAUAUCCUCCAUGGACAACCAAGGCUUCGAACGUAAUCACGGUGGUGGCGGAGCUAGCGGGAAACGAGACACACUUCUUGCCGAAGUGCGAGAAGGUGAUGAUGUACGUGCUCAGGAUUGAGUGAAGAGCAUAGGGGGAGGGGGACCGGGCGGCUGUGGGUUUUGGGUGCUUGGGGUAUAUGGCCCUCUGCUAGGACUCUAACGGGCUUGGUUUUCUUGGGGCCCACUUGACAAAUCCAGGCAGUCUCAUCCUCAUUAUUUUCUACCAACC